AGGAAGAAGCUUCCAGCCUCUCGUGCUCAUACCCACAGCCAGGCUAAUCCAAUCCAGCUCUUUAAAGCCCAGAGAGGGGGUGGGGACCUAAACCAGCAUGAUCCCCCUGACUCAUUUCCCAAUAAUGUGAGUGAGCCUGCAACAGCUUUUGAAAAAGCCUGACUGUGCAUUGUACUUAGCGUCUGAUGGUAAAGGGGAUGACCAGAUGAGUGUGUGGAAGCUGACUGGAAUCUGAAGAAACCAUCUAAACUGUUUAGAAGUUAAGGGUGGGGACCCACUUCAUCUGGAAAGAGAAGUGAAAAGAGAAGUAAAAGAGGAGUGAAAGAAGAGCACCGGUAUCGUUGAACAGCCAACUGCUAAAGGUCUCAAUGGAUCUUGGACGUUACAUCAUUCUUGGCAUUUGUGCUCUGAGUGCAGCUGUUUGGGGUUGUCCACCACAGUGCAAAUGCAAGGACAACAGAAUUAUAUGCCAAGGCUAUGAAAUUCAAGACUUUCCAUCCGACAUCCCUGCAACUACAGGUGCUCUAUAUAUUUCAAAUACCAGCAUUUCUUCACUGAAACCAGCCGACAUUGAUGCAUUUUCUGAGGCUCUCUCAAUAUUUGUCAUCAAGGAUUCAAGAAUAAAUGAAGUACAGCCCCACAUGUUCGACAAGACCCACAAUCUUAAGGCCUUAGGGUUAACAGGAACUGAGCUAGUUUCUCUACCAGAGACUCUGUUUCAGAACCUGCAGUUGCUUUCAUCCCUCACACUGAGCAACAACAAAUUGAAUGACCUCUCCUCAUCUCUGCUAACUCCUCUUCAAGCUCUGAAGACCUUAGACUUGAGCAAAAACAAGCUCAGUUCUGUUCCAGAGAAGGCAUUUCAGGGUCUAAUAAAUUUGGAGCAGCUCGUGUUGCAGAGAAACAGCAUUAGGGAACUGUACAUGGGGACCUUCUAUGGAUUUAGCAAGCUUAAAAUAUUGUCCCUCCAGUAUAACAGUCUAAAUGCGCUUCCAGGCAAUGUCUUUGAGCAGCUGGUUAACCUCGAGACACUGCACCUGCAGAACAAUGUUAUCACGCACUUAUCUGCAGAACUUUUUGCGCAUCAGCAGAAGCUGCAAAAGCUCUAUCUCUCUAAUAAUCGGUUAUCUUCACUUCCGAGGGGCAUCUUCUUGAAUCUUCCCAAUCUACGCCAGAUCUCACUUCAUGACAACCAGCUGCUAAGUUUGUCUGCUGGAACCUUUGGCUUCAUGCCCCUCCAGGACCUGUGGCUGUACGACAACAUGUUGACCCAGCUUGAGGAAAAUGUGUUCAGCAAUUUAACUCAAGUACGUCUUUUGGUGCUCAGCAGAAACCAGAUCUCACACGUCUCACCUGGAGCCUUUAAUGGAUUGACUGAGGUGGAAGAAAUUUCACUGCACACCAACCGCCUGGUCACCCUUGAAGAAGGACUGUUUCAAGGCCUCCCAAAGUUGGUCAACAUAUCACUGGAAAACAAUAUGAUUGAGGAUCUUCCAGGGAAAUUUCUUGAUGGUGCCUUCAAUCUAUUUCAGCUGGAGCUUCAAAAUAACUCUCUACCAUAUUUAAGGCAGGAGCUUUUACACUCACUAACCAAUAUUGACAAUGUGGUGCUUGCUGUAAAUCCCUGGAAGUGUGACCAUAACAUUUUACCGCUUCGCAACUGGCUUUUAAAGUACCCCAAAAAAGUAAAAAACAUCACAUCUCUUACAUGUCUUAGUCCUUCACACUUGACAGGCAUCAGUAUAAUAAAUCUCAGCGAUGAUAUUUCUCAAACACCCACUUCUGGAACCACUGAAAAUAAACCACUUACUCCCACGGACAAACAACGAAGGCCUCACACUCCCCCACCCAGAAGGAGCACCCUGGCACCUGCCAACUCCACAUCAUCCUCAAAGAAAGGAGAGGACACCAGCAAUGAUCAGAGAGAGGUUGAGACAAUGUCUAAUAACCUGUACAUAAUCAUUAUUGCUAUAGUCUGUACUGUAGUGAUUGUCACUAUAAUCAUCUGUGUUGCAUUAUGGAGGAGGAACAAGCGGGGAAGUCGAAAUUUACGCCACCCAAAUCCGAAUUCGGUUAUCUAAAGUUUAAAUGUGUGUUCUACUAUUUGCUGAGGAGUAGCACACUGGUGUGCUAUUAAGUAAGACAAAAUAAUGGCUUAUACAAAUCAUUCAUUUUGACACUAUUUCAAAGUUUAUUGCAAAAGGUGAAAAAGGGCUGGAAAGAACUGCUUACUAACCUGUGUGGAGUGCCCUUUUAGGUGCUGGAACCAUGAAAAGGGUUUUUCACCAAAUAAAUAAAUACAUUACGAUGCAUACAGCAUCCUUCAUUAAUCUAUUUAAAAUGUCCAAUAAGUAUAAAACAUUACAUUUCUGUAUCGGAAAAAAACAACAAUUAAGUCUCAAUAACUGAAUAUAACAUCAGCAUUUAGUCCACUUUUCACAGCAGACUUGUCAGGUUUUCAAAGAGCCCUGCAAAGUUCAGUCUUAGAAGUUGGUUGCAUUUUCAGCAUCUCAUGAUACAGAUAUUGCUAGACACAUUCAGUGAUGUUGAGGUCUGAACUUUGGGGGGGGUCAGUCCAUUGUUCUGCGAACAUCAGCAGCUUCUUUGUUUGCUUUGCAAAUUUCCUCUUUUUUUGUCUAUUUCCUUUUCUCAGUUCAGCUUCUUGACAGCUACACAUCCUUUCAGAUGCAUAGUGUUGUGCUGUCUUCUCACAUUGGAGCGAUAGACAGAAACAUGUGGAUUUUUUCAGAUCUGAUGCAAAGGUGGAGCUUGAUUCCCUGAAAAUGAUCCCUUUUUCUCUAUAACUUUAAACAACUUAAACUCCAGUUUUGGAAAGUCCUGUGUUUUCACUUUAACUUUCCCCCUCCUUAUGGAAGUGCUUUAUCCUAUAUACAAUCUGCUAAGAUACUGAUCUCUUGAAAAAGAACAAUUUGUACUUAAUGGUUGUUUUUACUAAAAAUGAAAGCAAUGAAGGAUAGUUUCUGACUUUUGCACAGUAAUGUAUAUAUUAAUAAAAAUGUAAAUUGUACUUUUAGAGACUGCUUUUAGAGAUUUUACUUUUGCCUCUGUACUGUGUUUGACUUCAAAGAAGUGAUAUGCAUUUCUUUUUUCCUUUUCAUAUCUAAUAUCUAUUAUGGCAAUCAGAUUUUGAAAAUAAUUUCUUAAUUUUUUUGGUUAAAUGAACCAAGCAACUGUAAUUGACAAAGAUGUUGUGUCAAUAAAAUGGGAAAUGAAACAUUGCAUAAAGAAACUUCAUGUCUGGUCGUAAUGAGUUAUUGCACUUUGAUAUAAAAAAAACAUAUUUGUUAAUAAUUUUGAGAUAUGUCAUUAAAUAGUAAGGGUGUAAUGAUACACAAACCACAAGCCAAUUCGAUUUUAUUCAUGGCACUGGUUUUGGGAUUCAAUAUUUUGAGCAUGACUGAAGCAAAAUUGUUGACUUUAUCCAUCCAUCCAAACAAUGCAGUCACAUUGUAUGGCAUAAUAAAUAGAACUCAUAUUGUCCACAGCGCAAAUUGUCACAUUUUUGCAUCAUGAUACAUUGUUACCCCCACAGUGAAAACCCUGCUCCCAAGUGUGCAUGUAUCUUUAUUUUCUCACUUAAUACAUGGUUCAUGGUAAAAGUAACUGUAAUACUGAUUUUUUUUUACUGGAUUCUGUGUGUUUGUAGUAUUUGCACUUCUUCAAGCUGUUUUACAGAAGAUAUAAGAUAUAAGAUAAUCUGAUAAAAUUAAAGGAACUACCAAGAC